AUGGAGAACUACCAGAAGCUCGAGAAGAUUGGCGAAGGCACCUACGGUGUCGUCUACAAGGCUCGCGAUCUCCUCAAUGGAGGCCGCAUAGUAGCCCUCAAGAAGAUUCGCCUCGAGGCCGAGGACGAGGAUCUCUCUGCUCAAGGAGAUGCGCGACCCCACAUUGUCCGCCUCUUCAACAUUGUCCACUCCGACGGCCACAAGCUCUACCUCGUCUUCGAGUUCCUCGAUCUCGAUCUGAAGAAGUACAUGGAGGCCCUGCCCGUCAAGGAUGGUGGUCGUGGCAAGGCCCUGCCUGAGGGCUCCUCUGAGGUCCUCUCGCGUCUUGGUCUUGGUCCGGCCGUCAUUCAAAAGUUCAUGUGGCAGCUCUGCGACGGCAUUCGUUACUGCCACUCCCACCGCAUUCUCCACCGCGAUCUCAAGCCCCAGAACCUGCUCAUCGACAAGGAGGGCAACCUCAAGCUCGCCGAUUUCGGUCUCGCCCGCGCCUUUGGCGUGCCCCUGCGCACCUAUACCCACGAGGUCGUGACCCUGUGGUACCGCGCCCCCGAGAUUCUGCUCGGUGGUCGUCAAUAUUCCACCGGCGUCGACAUGUGGUCUGUCGGCUGCAUUUUCGCUGAGAUGUGCACCCGCAAGCCUCUCUUCCCUGGUGACUCUGAGAUUGACGAGAUCUUCAAGAUCUUCCGCGCCCUUGGAACUCCCACCGAGGAUGUCUGGCCUGGUGUCACCUCGUACGCCGACUUCAAGAGCUCUUUCCCCAAGUGGAUCCGCGACGAGCGCCUGCCGCUGUGCACCAACCUCGACUCGGUCGGCCUCGAGCUGCUCGAGAUGAUGCUCAUCUACGACCCCGCGAGCCGCAUCUCUGCCAAGCAGUCUUGCAACCACCCGUACUUCGAGACCUACCCCGCCGCCCAGCAACAGCCCGCUCGCACCAAUGGGUACCACUAG